AUUGAGCUUGCGGAUGUUGAAGGAGGAGUCGAUUCAGUUCUCAUUUCUUUUCCCACACCGCUUUCGAGCACUUGACGCUUCUCUGCUACUCUUCUUCUCAAGUUAUAAUACCAACACGAUUCCACAGCUCAAUGCAACUUCUGUUCUUAAAGCGGAAUCAAUCAACCCUCCACCCAGCUUGUUAUUAAGACAAUUUGCUAGUUAAUGUUUUUCUCAAACCCUUCUGAGUAGGCUACUUUUCGACAGGUGUUUUGGGCAGAGUGCCCGGAAGAAAAAAUGUCCAAUGGGAAAGAUGCACCUGUGGCAGCGAACUCCUCACAGAUGACCCUGCAGGUGUGCCUUGAGGAGUGUAUGGAGGCCCUGGACCUCUUCCUCAACAACCACUUCAGCGAGAGCCUGGACAAACUGCGGCCACGGGUGAAGGAGAGCAUGUACCAUGCUCUGAUCUACGCCACUGUGCUGGAGAUGCAGGCUAUGAUGACCUUCCAGCAGGAUGACAUCAUCAAUGCAGGCAACACCAUGAAGAGUGCCCAGGAGGUCUGCCAGAGGUUUCGACGAAAGUCCCCUAGUAAUAUCAGUAAAUCACCUGGAGAGCGUCUAACUGAAGAGCAGCUCCAAGCUCUCCAUGCUGAUGCGUGUUAUGCCGAAUGCUUGCUCCAAAGGGCUGCUCUCACCUUCCUACAGGAUGAGAACAUGGUGAGUUUUAUCAAAGGAGGAAUCAAAGUACGCAACAGUUACCUGAUUUACAAGGAGCUGCACACCUUCAUACAGUCAAACAGCUCUCUCCAAGGACCCAACCACAUUCACUUAGAGGGAGGGGUGUCAUUUGGGAUCGGCGCAUUCAACUUGACUCUUUCCAUGUUUCCACCUCGGUUACUCAAAGUUUUAGAGUUUGCUGGCUUCUCUGGAGACAAGGAGUAUGGUCUGUCCCAGCUGAAUGAUGGUGCCACUACAAACAACCUGCGCUCAAUGCUGUGUGCCUUGCUGUUGCUCUGUUACUACACCUUCCUCACCUUCAUACUCGGGACCGGUGAGGGGGACGUGGCUGAUGCUGAGAAGCUGCUGAAGCCUUUCCGGCUCCGCUACCCACAGGGGGCCAUAUUUCUCUUUUUUGCAGGCAGGGCUGAGGCAAUCAAGGGGAACAUUGAUGAGGCGGUGGUGCUGUUUGAGGAUGGCUGCAAAGCUCAGCAGCAGUGGAAGCAGUUCCACCACAUGUGCUACUGGGAGCUGAUGUGGUGCUUCACCUACAAGUGCGUGUGGAGGAUGGCCUACUUCUACGCUGACCUACUGAGCAAUGAGAGCCGCUGGUCCAAGGCCAUGUAUGUGUACAUGAAGGCUGCUUACCUGAGCAUGCUUGCUCCGGGGGAGGCUAGGCCUUUUGGGGAAGAUGAGGUGGAGCUCUUCAGACAGGUGUCCACCUUCAAGCAAAAGAUAGCAGGGAAGUCUCCACCCACAGAGAAGUUUGCCAUUCGCAAGGCUAGACGUUACAAAGCUAGCUGCCCAGUGAGGCUCCCAGUACCUGUGCUGGAGAUGAUGUACAUGUGGAACGGCUUUUCCAUGAUCAGCAAGCGGCCAGAGCUGACCGAGGGCAUGCUGCAGACACUGGUGGAGGCAGAGCGCACCCUGCUGGAAUCUCCUGCGAAUGAUUAUUCAGUGGAUGACCGCUGUGUGAUCCACCUACUGAAGGGGCUGUGUCUAAAGAACCAGGGACACAUUCAGGCUGCAGAGGAAUGCUUCAACAAGGUGUACAACAGUGAGAAGAAGAUCAAGUUUGACCAUUACCUGGUGCCCAACGCUCUGCUGGAGCUCAGUGUGGUCUACAUAGACACGGGCCGCAAGGAGGAGGCCAUCAAACUACUUGUGAAAGCAAAAACUAACUACAAGGAGUACUCCAUGGAAUCACGCACCCAGUUCAGGAUCCAUGCUGCUCUCUCCAAACUCAAGGCUGACACUAGUGACCAAGAUGAAAUCACACCACUGUAGUAUAACAGGUGUCAUUGUGCUGAGCAAGCACUGGACUUGCUUCCCCUGCCAUUUGUAGAUGUUCCAGGAAGACUUGCUCUCUUUUUUUUUUAUCCUCAGACACUUUGAUCACUGCCUCAAUGUUACUUGAUUUGUGGUGAAAGUCUCCUUCCUUCAUGGAUGGUGGUCUCUCCCUGAUUAAAACACUUGAGUUUUGAAUGGGAGUUGGUAGAAGUUGCCUCUACCUGCUGGUUCUAGAUCAGAGGCAUUUUAUCCACCUACUGGGUGAUGAACACCCAUGGUUAGGUUCAGAUUUUAUCUUUUGUGUUUGAAUGUGUGGUACUUACAUCACUGCACUGGUUACCCAUAACAGUAGAUGGGAGGCAGUUGAUCAAAACAAUUUGAAUACAGUAUAUCCACUUUUUUGUGGGGAAAAACAUGUUGAAAUGAACUUAACAUUGUAAGUAAUGUUUGGAUAUGAGGUAUAGUUUUGCUUUUAAUUUCUCCAAAAGUGAUUGAGUAUUACUGUAAGCAUUUUGACAAAAGCACCCCUUUGGUGAUAACUGAAUAAGACAGAUAUAUGAUUACAUAACGUAUGACAUUGCUUUGAUCCCAGAGUUAUUUUAACAAAUGUAUUAACAUUUAUGUAGAAGGACCUUAAUAAUCAAUAGGUCAUGCUACAUUUGUUUUAUGUAUGUUGACCCUGCUGCAAUGUACAGAGGAAAGUAGUCAGUUGAAAUAAGUUUAACCUCUGAUAGUGUAAGCAUUAUUUGAAGUAAUGAAUGUCAAUCAAGACCUUGUACAAAGAAAGGUGUGGUUAAACAAUUUUAAAAACAUGAUUAAAUAUGUCAAUUUGCUAGAA